CCGCUCGGCCUUCCGCGGAGAUUCGAGCCCCAGGGGCCAGGACCUGCGUCUCCGGCGAGCGGGCAACAGUUGCCACGACCAGCCUGGCUGAGGAAAGGCAAUUUGCCCAGCCAGUUGUCCCUUCUCCGUCGUCCCCUCCCUCCUUCCCCCAAGGCCAAGGACAGCGACGUCGUCCUCCCUCUUCUCCUCCUCUUUGGUGCCUUCAGCCAGGAGGCGGGAGUGACCCGCAGCAGCUGACCCAACACAGGCACUGCCUCUCCCACAGCCCUCAGGACACACCAUGGGCCCAGAGGCGGGUUUGCAGCACAGCAGCGACGACGCAGGCGGCGGCCCCGGCGACUCUCAACUGCCUCCCUGACCGCGGCGACCACCGCCCGACACCCCGGAAAGUCGUCGCCACCUACGGCAGGGGAAUCUAGGGACUCCAAAUCCACCUCCGCGAUCGACUCAAGCUACGUCAACAACUAUGGCGGGCGACGGGCGGCGGGCGGAGCCGGGGAGGGAAGGAUGGGGGGUGUACGUCACACCCCGGGCCCCCCUGCGGGAGGGAAGGCGCCGGCUCGCCCCUCAAAAUGGCGGCGGCAGUGACGCGCCUGCGUACGGAACCCCUUCGCCGUCGCGCCCGGGCCGGCGGGAAGUGAGGUUCUCGGAAGAGCCGCCAGAAGUGUACGGCGACUUCGAGCCCCGGGUGGCCAACGAAAAGUCUCCGGCGAGAGGACGAGUCCCGCUAGAAGAGUUCCGGCCUGAUUCUGCUAAAGAGGAAGUGAGAGAAAGCGCCUACUACCUUCGAUCUCGGCAGAGGAGGCAGCCGCGACUCCAGGAAGCCGAGGAGAUGAAGACGCGAAGGAUUACCCGCCUACAGCAGCAGCAGCAGCAGUCACAGCAGCCUCUGCUAGAACCGUCUCCGGUUACGGCCAGGAGAGGGUUACGGGAUUCUCAUUCUUCUGAAGAGGAUGAACAAUCUUCACAAACGAUUUUAAGCCAAACAGUCUCAAAGAAGACUAUCCAGAGAACACAAGAAACUCCAGUGCUGAGUGAAGAUCCUAUAAUCAGCCUGUGUAGACCCCCCCUAAGAAGCCAAAGAUCUGAUUCGGCAUACAAAACAAGUGGAAAUACUAAAAUGAGUGAAUUAGAAGCCACCAGCAUCCAACAGAAGGUCAAUUUUUCUGAAGGAGAAGAAACUGAAGAAGAAGAUCAAGACAGCUCUAACAGUGAUAUUACUACUCUUAAGGUCAGAUCUGGGGAUUCUCUGGAUUCUGGAGACCAAACCACGAGAUUGUCAAGUCAAUAUCCAGAAUCACUUUGGCAGUCAUCACAAAGUCGAGACUUCAUAACUCUUAAUAGACAGCCUUCAGUGCUGAGCUCGGGAUAUCAAAAAAAGCCUCAGGAAUGGUUUGAACAAGCCACAAGAAAAAGGACUAGUGCACAAACAUCAUCACCAGGCAGGAGUUCAAUAUAUGGCAGUUUUUCAGAUGAUGACAGCAUUCAGAAAUCAGAGCUUGGAAACCAGUUUCCAUCAACUUCCAGCGAACGUAAGUUUGUCUGUUCAGUUUUUAUAAGCAAGCUUUUAAAAUUGGUCCUUCAUAAUUGUUUUAAUUUAUUUUGGACAUCUGUUACAAUAUGUUGUUCUGGUUGCAAUGAGAAGCUGUGGAAAAGGAGCCUUACAUUCCUGGAAAAGCAUCUUAAUAGCUCCCAGCCUCGGCCUCAGCCCGCUAUCUUGCUGCUCACUGCUGCUCGAGAUGCUGAAGAAGCACUUAAGUGUCUGAGUGAACAAAUUGCUGAUGCCUACUCUUCUUUCCACAGCGUGCGCGCCAUCCGGAUUGAUGGGGCGGACAAAGCGACCCAAGAUAGUGACGUUGUCAAAGAAGAGGUAGAUUGGGAACUGAGCAACGGAUUCAGGAAUGGCCAGAACGCAGCGGUGGUACAUCGCUUUGAGUCGCUGCCUGCAGGCUCUACUUUGAUCUUCUAUAAAUAUUGUGAUCAUGAAAAUGCAGCCUUCAAAGAUGUAGCCUUAGUCCUAACUGUCUUGUUGGAGGAGGAGACACUUGGAACCAGUCUAGGCCUAAAAGAAAUUGAAGAAAAGGUGAGAGAUUUCCUCCAAGUCAAGUUCACCAACUCUGACACACCCCACUCCCACAAACAUAUGGACCCCGAUAAAUUGAGUGGGCUCUGGAGCCGUAUUUCUCACCUGGUCCUGCCUGUCCAACCUGAAAAUGCCCUGAAAAGUGGCAUCUGCUUAUAAAGGGUUACAGAAGACAAAA